UAUGGCGAGCGAUUCGGCUUUCUAGAUCGGGGACAUGAUAUCAGCAAUCUCAUGGCCAACUUGCAAAGUAGCUUUGCCAUCAGCAGUUUAACGGGUAUGCUGCUGUGGUUGCGGCCUCUGGUGAUUUUCAUCAGCACCCUCCAGGCAGCAUCGGAUUGGAUGUUUAUACCGCAGUGCGCCGAUAGAAAGAUCUCCGAAUAUUCCCAGAAGACCGAAAAGGAACCCUCAGGCGAAAGGCCCACCCCUAUGAUUAAGAGAUUUCUUGACGCCCUGGAAGACAAAAGCAAAGGCAUGACGGAGCAUGAUAUAACGGCGAACGCGGCAGCCAACAUUGGGGCUGGAGGUGACACCGCUGCUAUCGGGUUGAGCGCGGUGGUCUUCUACCUGUAUCGCUCGCCGGAGAAGCUACAGAGACUUCGAGAAGAAAUCGAUACCCAUAACUCAGAGGGAAACGCUUCUUUCCAGGAGCUCCAGAAGUUGCCGUAUUUGCAAGCGGUGAUCAGGGAAUCCAUGCGAGUGCAUCCGGGUGUAGGGUUCCCUCUCUUCCGCGUGGUGCCCAAAGGAGGGGCUUUGAUUUGCGGCAGGUUCUUUCCCGAGGGAACAAACGUCGGGGUAAAUAGCUGGGUAAUCCACCGGGACCAAAGCAUAUGGGGUCCCGAUGCCGACGAGUUUAUACCAGAGAGAUGGAUGACAACUGAUGCUGCCAGGCUGAAAGUAAUGGAGCAAUAUCUGGUGCCCUUUAGUGUUGGUUCAAGAACGUGCAUUGGGAAGAAUAUCUCGCUGUUCGAGAUCAACAAGCUUCUCCCACAGCUUGUCCGGAAUUAUGACAUCGAGAUCGAACAAGAGAACGACAAGGAUCUAAGAGCCAAGAAUAUGUGGUUUGUAAGGGCCUAUAGGUUUAAGGCUAAAAUCAACAGGGGAGAACUUACAGUUGGACAAUAG